AUGGAGACACACAAUCUGACAGUGAUGAGAGAAUUCGUCCUGAUGGGCAUCACGGAUCGUCCUGACCUGCAGGUGCCAUUGUUCACUCUUUUCCUCAUCAUCUAUGUGGUCUCUGUGGUGGGCAACUUGGGCAUGAUCAUCCUCACCAUGAUAGACUCCAGGCUGCAGACUCCAAUGUACUUUUUCCUCCGACACCUGGCUCUCACUGACCUUGGUUACUCUACAGCUGUAGGACCCAAAAUGUUGGCAAAUUUUAUUGUCGACAAAAAUACAAUUUCCUAUAACUUCUGUGCUACUCAGCUGGCAUUCUUUAUUAUGUUUAUUGGUAGUGAACUUUUUAUCCUGUCUGCCAUGUCUUAUGAUCGCUAUGUGGCCAUCUGCAACCCACUGCUCUACACUGUCACAAUGUCACAAAGAGUGUGCUGGGUACUGGUGGCAAUCCCAUAUCUCUACUGUACAUUCAUGUCUCUUCUUGUCACCAUAAAGAUUUUCACUGCAUCUUUCUGCAACUACAAUGUCAUCAGUCAUUUCUACUGUGAGAGUCUCCCUUUGCUAUCUUUGCUCUGCUCAGAUACAUAUGAAAUUGAAAUGAUUAUUUUGAUCUUCUCGGCCAUUAAUUUGAUCUCCUCUCUUCUGAUAGUUCUUGUGUCCUAUCUGCUCCUUCUUAUAACUAUUCUGAAGAUUAAAUCUGCUGAUGGAAGACGCAAGGCUUUCUCCACUUGUGGGUCCCACCUGACUGUGGUUAUAGUCUUCUAUGGGACUUUGAUAUUUAUGUAUGUGCAGCCCAAGUCCAGUCAUUCCUCUGCCAUUGAUAAAGUGGCUUCCAUUUUUUAUACCCUGGUCAUCCCUAUGUUGAAUCCACUUAUCUAUAGCUUGAGGAACAAAGAUGUAAAAUCUGCCCUUCAGAGAAUAUGGACAAAAUUAUACAAUAUCUUCUCUUAA